CGGAGAGGAAAAAACACUGCACAUCCAAUGGAUUAAUGCAUUUCAACGACUCAAAACCGAUUUGAUUAUCAAAACGGAUAUUCGUAACGCUAGUUUUUUUUUUUUUUUAGGUGCCAGGCUAUAUAUUUGCGUCGGUGUCAACAAAUGACUGUCCUCUUAGAAUUGGUUUUUCCAGGUCAGAAUAUCUAAACUAGCUAGCUACCCAAUGCUAGCUGCUUAGCUGAUAUAUUUAUGUGACCUAGCUAGCUGGCUACUUAGCGAUACAAAAUGUUUUGGAAAUUAAGCUUUGGUUUGGUUUCUGUGGUUCAAAAUAAUAUUGUAUUUGUGUGUCGUCAUUUUUAGCAUUGUAGGGAUGUGUUGACUUAUUCCGUUGCGGUUUAAACCCGUUUUUAUAGGCACGACUUUACGCUUUGUAUCCUUUGGCUGUAGGCUAGCUAGCUUACUAGCUAGUCGAAGGUCAAUAUUGUUGAUGCCAGCUACAGCUGACUACAGUGGGAUACUUCUCAACAAACCGUUAGGUUAUGCGCAAUGAGAUGUAAAGCUACUGUUAGGCUAUGCGUAAUGAGAUGUAAACAGAGUGGGUGCUUCAGCUAUCCAGAUCCACAGUUGCUCAUUAGUUAGCUAGCUAGUCAUUAGCUAACUGGAAAAGUAGCCAUACCCAGUGUUGGCUGAAGUUACUCGAUUCUCUCCAACAUUAACAAUGAUCAAGUCGAUCACCACGAAAACACCUCAAUAACAACAGCCAAUACUUGGAAAUAUGGAUUUCAUGUGGACUUCAGCCAUACUACAAAAUCCCCUGAUUCUACUUUCAAAAUAACCGUUUCAGACAACUGUCUUACUUUUAGAUUUUUGCUGACAGGACAACUUUCAUGUUUUGUUUUGGAGAGUAGGAAUUGACUUUGGAUCUCUGGUAGAUUUUUGCAUGUGUUAUAGUUUAUUUUCUGCAAAGAAUAUCCUCUCAGCCUAAUAAGAGUGGACGAUGAAUGGCCUAUCGGUCAGUGAGCUAUGCUGCCUGUUCUGCUGCCCUCCCUGUCCGAGCCGUAUUGCCGCCAAGCUUGCCUUCCUGCCUCCUGAGCCUACAUAUUCCCUCUUGCCGGACCUCGAUGGGUAUGUGGCCCCAGGGACAGCAGGGUCAGCGGGGCUGAGAUCGAGGGGAGGGGUACCUGGAGCGGCUGUAGGGGGUUCAGGCAGCACUGGUCCUGCAGAGGGUAAAUGGAAGCUCCACCUGACAGAGCGAGCUGAGUUUCAGUACUCCCAGAGAGAGCUGGAUGCUACAGAGGUGUUCCUCACCCGCUCCAGCCGUGGCAACCGGGUGGGCUGUAUGUACAUCCGCUGUGCCCCCACUGCCAGGUUCACAGUGCUGUUCUCCCAUGGCAACGCGGUGGACCUGGGCCAGAUGAGCAGCUUCUAUAUCGGCCUGGGAACGCGCAUCAACUGCAACAUCUUCUCCUACGACUACUCCGGCUACGGCGUCAGCACGGGCAAGCCUUCCGAGAAGAACCUCUACGCUGACGUUGAAGCUGCCUGGCAGGCCCUGCGCACACGGUAUGGCAUCAGCCCAGAGAACAUAAUCCUGUACGGGCAGAGCAUUGGCACCGUUCCCACGGUCGACCUGGCAUCACGGUAUGAGUGUGCCGCCGUGGUGCUCCACUCCCCCCUCACUUCUGGCAUGCGGGUGGCCUUCCCAGACACGAAGAAGACCUACUGCUUUGAUGCUUUUCCCAACAUUGAGAAGGUGUCUAAGAUCACGUCACCGGUGCUGAUCAUCCACGGGACGGAGGACGAGGUGAUCGACUUCUCCCACGGCCUGGCUCUGUUCGAGCGCUGUCCCAAGGCCGUGGAGCCACUCUGGGUGGAGGGGGCGGGACACAACGACAUCGAACUGUACAGCCAGUACCUGGAGCGCCUGCGCCGCUUCAUUGGCCAGGAGCUGGCCGCACAGCACGCCUGAACCCUCCCCACACCGCCUCCAGGCUCCAACUCUCCUCUGGCUCCCAACUGUUCCCCUGGGUCUAAGUGGGUCAGUAGGAAUGGAUGGCUCUGUCUGGUUGGAGGGGUGAAUCCUGGGCUCUCAGAAUGAAUGAUCCUUCAGCUUUUGGGGCAACUUUGUCUGGAUGCUCGCAGCCCUGUCUUUUAGCUGUUUUCCUCUUUUUCUGUCUCUGUCACCUGUCAUUUAUCCUGGUCAGGGAAUCUAGUCCACCUCCCUUCCUCGGACAGUGAAAGAAUGCAACCCAGGCAUGGAGGGUUCUCUACCUUCUGUCUGUUGGUCUGUCUAAAGCCUCUCUCUACCCCAGGCUAAAACAACCUCAGACAGGUCAGGUGUUCCAAACACAUGUACUGUUUAACCUCUUCUGAGACGUUUACACAUGAUUCCAUUUUAACUAACAACCCUAACAUGGGCAAAUCAUCGAGUGAUGGACGUCUGUUUUGAGCACUGACAUUUUGGCAUUUAAUUUGGAUGGGGGAAUAAUGUUCGUUUUUCUCUUUUUUAACACAACGAUGACACUGAGCCACUACUUUACAAAUCCUGUGGUGUUGACAUAUGAGUAUAACUGCGUCCUGUUUGAAUGCAGGUUUGUUGCUAAUGUUUAGUGUGGAAUCUUAAUUUCUUUGCUCUCUCUCUCUCUCUCUCUCUCUCUCUCUCUCUCUCUCUCUCUCUCUCUCUCACUCCCUCUCUCUCUCUCUCAUUUACAAUUAAGCUGUCAGACUAAUAGUCCAUGUCUAUGAAUAAUUUGUUUCAUAGACAUAAAUCUUACGUCUUUAUGAUUAUUAAGCAGGAUUUAUUUGAAUAUAAAAAGUGAUUUGAGCAAAACAUAUUUUUUUUUGAAGUUGCUGAACAUUGCUUUGGCUAAAGUCCAAAAUCUCUCUGCCAAAUUAAUUGUUUCAAAAGCAUCGUUAAGUCGCUAACAUCUCUCUAAGGCAUAACCACUCUCAUGUUUCACUCCCUGAUCCAUAUUCUACAGUAGUUGUACUGCAAUGGAUGUUAUGGACAUGUGAGUUUACCUUUGGAACACAAACUAAGUCCUGCCACAUUCUCUGAGUUAAGGAGGCAUUAGUUGGUCUUUACUUACACUGAACUCAAUGCACCUCUUACUGGGUUUCUAUAUGAGAUGUUUUCUAAAGGCUUUUAAAAAUCUUUGUAAGUGAUUUACAGAGUUGUACAUAUUCAAUUUCACUUUAGUUAUUUAAUCCCUCCAAAAACACAGUCAUUGUAAAUUACUAGGCUUAUGCUGGUAAUGGCCAUUCGCAUAGUAAAUUGGGUCAGGUCAGUUGAGACUAAGCUGGAUGGAGUAUUAACUGAAGUUGCUGCUAAAGAUGAGGAUCAAAUGGAUUAAAAAGGGUCAAACCCUCCACAUCCAUUGUGUACAUUAAUGCUGCUUAGUUUGAGGAGAAAUGUAACAGUCAUACAUGUUAUUUUACGCUGUACAGUGGAAUGGAUCCAGUGAUGUACAGUACUCUCUGCUGGUGCCAUGUCAUGUUGCAUGUUUGAUUGGUUGCUGUUUUGCUUCAUUUUAGGGGUGAUAACAUGGAAUAAGAUGUGGUCUAAUUUGUUAUUCACUAGGUGUAUUUCUAGCAGGCUCCCUUUUCAGCUCCAACUAGCCCUUUUCACUGACUUCCUACUGUUGCCACACUAUUUCAGACAGACUUAGGAUUCCACCAUUUCUGACCGACUGUGUGAAAGUUGACUCGACCGAAUGCCCAACUUCUCUGGCAUACAGGGUCCACCACCACUCACAAGAUAGUGGAGGUCCUUUGUUUGGGUUGGGUUUUGGGGGAGUCAGGAUUACUUGUGCACAGCAACCAAAUUUUAACAGUAAAUGUUCUGUCUAGAACAAAGCAUACCUGUUAUAUUGGUAUGUUCAUCAGAACCAAAGAAAAGGUCCUUCACAUCACCCAAAGUACUUAGGUUUCUUGUCAGUCACCACAAACAGAUAGGGAACAAAAGUUGUCCGCCCUGAAUCAGCCAGGAUAUGCUCUUGUUCAAGCUGCUUAUAGUUUGGUUUGGGACAGCUUAAGCGUGUUUACUCCCUAUUAUGGACGAUUGUAUGGAGAAUACAAGCAAUACAACAUAUUUGUGUCUGGGUGGCCUGAGAUAGGAGCAUGUGUGUGUGGCAGGUGAUGGACUGUACUUGGAGUGUGAGAGGAGUUCCAGACAGACACAUUCAGAGCUUUUGUUUAAAGAAACUAAGUUAUAUAAAUGUAUUUUUUUAUGUAUGUACUAUACUACAUUGUUUGCAGAUUGUUUAUUUUUUGCUGAGUGUUGGGAUCCAAUUGGAUGAUGGGGGUUGGGAUGUUAUUAUUGUAUCCAGUUAUGCAUUGUUUAUUAUUUGCAACUUUGUUAUAUUUAGUUUAAAAUAUUUUUUUCCUCAACC